AUGACGAAGGCUCCGGACUGGCUCACUGCGCGGGCACGCACAUCACGCGGCUUCAUUCCGUCUCUAGUCUUCUUUUUCAUGCAUGCCUACAAAGCAGGUUUUACUUUUUUUUUUGUCAGGUCGAUAGUGCUUGCUUAGCGUCUCUCAAAAUCUUACAUAUCCAAGAUCCAAGGCUCUCGCUCGCUUGAUUGUUAUCGUUUUUUCUUCCUACACUUGCCCCCUUCUCGCUCGCUCCUCCACCAUUGCGCAUAGCCCUCCUGCUUUCAGACUAGUAUGCAUAGAGUGAGGAUUGUCUCUGGAAACUUGCCAUUAGAUUCGAUCCCUUGCUAUUGCUAGGCAGUCAAUCACCAUCUUCCUCCCUGAAUCACCCUGCGUUCCUCAACUCAAGGCAGCCACCAGAUUCAUGGCCAACUACGGCGGCUCUCCCCCCCUGAUCACCUAAGGUUGGAAUUAGAACUCUCCAGGUGCUCUUCCCUUCUACAGUUGCCGACGACACAGGCCAACCAUAAUCCUCGCCAUCGGCCUUCAAGCUACCACCUCUUCUUGGCCUUGGUGCUUGCGUCCGUAGAGCAGUCGCCGAGUCAGGUACCGACGACGACCGCGUCGCGCCCGGGUCGGUCCACCAUCAGAUCCGGUUCCACACGAACAGCGCCAGUCCGGCCGUCGCCCAACUCGCCAGCCUCAGUUAUUUAAAGUACCAAACUGCAAGUUGCGUCGUGCGUUCAUGCAGGAUCUCAGCAUCGUUAAAAAAAACUUGCUAGCUGACAUUCAUGGCGGGGGUCUUGGAUUCUUUGGCAUCCUACGUCCAGAACAUGCUUACGGAGAUGGCAAGGGAUGAGGUGCAUAUGCUGCUUGGGGUCUCGGGAGAGAUUGAAAAAAUGGACAUCAAGCUCAAGGACCUCAAGAACUUCCUCAUGGAUGCUGACAGGAGGAGCAUCACCGACCAGAGUGUGCAGGCAUGGGUUCUCGAGCUUAGAGGGGCCAUGUAUGAUGCCACCAACAUCCUUGACAUAUGUCAGCUCAAGGCCAUGGAGCGGGGUCUAAGCCAUGAUGCAGGAUGCUUCAACCCGCUGUUGUUCUGCAUGCGGAAUCCCAUACACGCCCACAAGAUUGGCAGCCGAAUCAAGAACCUUAACCAGAGGUUAGAAGAUAUCAAGAAACGUAGCUUGGAGUUCAACUUCAUCAACCUCAAUUCAUAUGAGGACCAUAGCAGGAGGGUGGCAUCCUCCCGUCCUGGUAGCCGUGAGACAUCUAGUGAGUUUGAUGAGUCAAGUUUGGUCGGUGAGAAUAUUGAGGAGGACACAAAAAAUUUGGUGGAGAUUCUAACAACGGCAGAGCUAUCAAAAUGCGAGAACAACAACAUUUUGGUUUUUGCUAUUGUGGGAGUUGGCGGUAUUGGUAAAACCACCUUGGCCAAAAAGAUAUUCAAUCAUGACAUUGUCCGACAAGAAUUUACAAAGAAAAUAUGGUUGAGUGUGAACCGGGAUUUCAGUGAGACUGAGCUGCUGAGAAGGGCUAUCGUUGAAGCUGGGGGUGACCACCAAUCUGCUGGAAAUACGAGAGGCGCUCUUGAGCGAGCUCUUAAGGAAGCCUUGAAUGGGCAAAAGAUUUUAUUGGUGAUGGAUGAUGUUUGGGAGCAUCAAGCAUGGGAGGAUGUGCUCCAAAUUCCCUUGGUCAGUGCUGCACUAGCUCAUGGCAGCCGUGUCCUCAUCACCACAAGACAUGACAUGGUCGCAAGAGGGAUGCUGGCAACAAAGCCCUACCACUAUGUCAAUAAACUUAAUCCUGAAGAUGCAUGGUUGUUGCUCAAGAAGAAGGUAGUUGGAAACGGAAAUGAUGAAGACCAGAUUGAACUGCUCAAGGAUAUUGGAAUGGAAAUUAUAACAAAAUGUGAUUAUUUACCACUUGCUGUGAAAGUAAUGGGAGGUCUCUUACGUCAAAAAACAGCGAGGAGACGGGAGUGGGAAAAUGUCCUAAAUGACUCGAUAUGGUCAGUAUCCCAAAUGCCUGAGGAGCUGAACUAUGCAAUAUAUCUUAGCUAUGAAGAUUUAAGUUCUAGUUUGAAGCCUUGCUUUCUUCACUACUCACUCCUUCCCAAGAGCAGAGUGUUCUUAGCUUGUGAGAUCAUUGGCAUGUGGAUUAGCGAAGGAUUUGUUCAUGGAACCUCACGUGACUUGGAGGAAAUAGGAAAAGAGUACUACGAUGAGUUGAUACAGAGGAACGUUAUUGAGCCUGAUAUAAGGUAUGCUGAAAAAGUAGUUUGCAAUAUGCAUGAUGUUGUCCGCUCAUUUGCUCAAUACAUGGCUAGAAAUGAAGCACUAGUAGCACAGAACAACAAAGCUGAUAUUGCUGACAAAAUCAAUUCACAAAAGUUUCUUCGCUUAUCGCUGGAAACAAGAGGAUCAGAAUCAGAUGAGUUAGAGUGGUAUUCAUUACAAGGACAGACAUCACUAAGAACACUAUUAUCAGUUGGGCCUAUAAAAAUCAAGCCUGGUGAUUCAUUCCUUGUUUUUUCGAAUUUACGGACAUUAUAUGUAGAAGAUGCAAAUUUUGAUGCAUUAGUUGAAUAUUUGAAUCAACUCAAACACUUGAGGUAUUUAUCCAUAAAAGGAACCAAUACAUCUAGGCUACCAGCAAGCAUUGGUAAGAUGAAAUUCCUGCAGUAUAUUAGCCUUGUUGGUUGUAAGAGUUUGGUGAAUCUUCCUAGUUCCAUUGUAAAGUUGCAACACCUGAGGUUUCUUAGCCUUCGUGACACAGGAAUAAGCAGCAUACCAAAGGAUUUUCAUGGUCUAACAAAUCUAAGGAUUUUAAAUGGGUUUCCAGCGCACAUGGAUGGUGAUUGGUGUAGCAUUGAAGAACUGGGACCUCUCUGCCAGCUAACUAAUCUUACUAUAAGUGGCCUAGAGAACGUGUCAUCAUCCUCAUUUGCAAAAAAGGCCAGGAUUGGUGACAAGGUGCGGUUGAGCCGUCUGUUCUUAGAAUGCACAAGUAGAAUUGAACAUGAUGGCCAAUUGGUAAAAGAUGAAGAAGGCAUUCCUGAGGAGCAGCAGCAACAAAUUGAGGAGGUAUUUAAUGAGCUCCAACCUCCGUCUGGCUUAGAAACCCUCGAUAUCAGCGGGUACUUUGGUCAGCGGCUCCCAAGGUGGAUGAUGUCGACAGCACUUGUGCCCCUUGGGAGCUUGAGGAUUCUUACAAUGGAUAACCUAGCCUGCUGCACAGAACUUCCUAAUUGCUUAUGUCAGCUCCCCUGCUUGGAAUUCCUACUGAUUGUGCAUGCUCCAGCGAUCAAGCGUGUUGGGCCUGAAUUCCUACAACCAAACCAUCACUGCCACAACCAUUCGCAGGUAGGGGUUUCAUUUCCCAGAUUGAGUAGGCUGAUUUUUGAAGGACUGGUCGAGUGGGUGGAAUGGGAGUGGGAGCUGCAAGUGAAAGCCAUGCCCAUCUUGGAGGUGCUUAAACUCGGGAAGUGCAAGUUGAGGUGCAUGCCUGCUGGCCUUGCCUUCCACGCAAGAGCUUUGAAGAAACUAUACAUAUAUGAUGUGAAGCAUCUAAGUUCUUUAGAGAACUUUACUUCGGUUGUUCACCUCGACGUGUUUAGAAACGCUGACCUGGAGAGGAUUAGUAAUCUACCAAAACUGCAGAAGCUCGUCAUCGAUAUGUGCCCAAAGAUGAAGGUAUUGGAAGGCGUGCCUGCACUACAAAAACUCAGUCUGGAGGAUUAUGACAUGGAAACAGUCCCAAGAUACCUGCAAGAUGUAAUGCCAAGGCAAUUGCUGCUAUACUGCAGCUUACCUCUACUUACGUCCAUAGCUGCAGGGAAAACUAGCUGUGACUGGGACAAGUUCAAACAUAUCCAGCAAGUCAAGGCACAUGCAGGCGAUGAAGGUGUUGAGAGAAAACGGUACGUGAUGUACACAAGGGAUUCUUUCCACUUGGAGACAAAUAUCAGCCGCUCUGCUAUUGCCAAAGGCUGGAUGGCACGCGCGUGGUUUCCUUACAGGACCACAUGCACUAUUGAAGACGAGUGUCUGGUACGACGACUGAGGAAUGUUGAGUACUCUAUCCUGCUUGUGAUGAGUGAAUUGUCAACCGUGCGGUGUAAUCGUGCACUUGGUCUUUGGAUUGCAGGUACACGAGCGUCGAGUGUCGACGGGGAGCUGCCGUGAAGGUGCUGUGGCCGAUGGACCGUGCGGUGGACGUCGGUGAAGGGCAGCCGGGACCGGAGCUCGGACCGGGCGGCAGCUGUGGCGUCCACUCCUGGAUCGAGGGCGCAAGCGGCGACGGAAGGCGGGUUUCUUGGUUUGCGCCACAAAACCAAGGAG